AUGAUAAUAUUCUUGAUUAUAUAAAUUUCAAAAUAAUUGAUUGUAGAUGACACCAAGAUAUAUAGAUACAGUCAUCAAUUACAAAUAUCAUUACCCACUGCGAUUAAUGCUGAAUUGAUACCAACCAAUGAAUAAUGUCAGAUAUAUAAACCAAUCAUCCAGAAUAACCUCGACUAACUCAAAAUCAUAGAGGACAACGUGAUCAAUAUAGAUUUCAUGGAUGAGACUCAAUUCUAUUUUCAUUAGUUCAUAGCAAUUAUUUAAAAGAAUGAUACUCAAUUUUGGAUCAUAAGUGACAACCUCAAACUAUACUAAAUUGAUGCGCAACAACGUUAAACAAUUGAUAUUAUCAACCUGUCCGAUUAUUUAUCCAAAGAUUUCGAUGUCUCCUUUUUUAAAGACAAGUUCAACAAUAUUUUUAUUCAUCAACAAGACUCCAUCCUAUUGAUUACCAACAGGACUAUAAUACCCUACUUUCUCAUCAAUAGAGGACAAAGGCAUCAAACAAUUUACCAUCUUAACAACUACAUCAUAACUGCCGUUGGUCCCUAUGGUUUUGACAUCUACGAAAUCCACUACAACUAUCCAAACCAAGAAAUCGCAAUCAAACAUCAUUCCAGUGCUGUGCAUCUACAUCUGCAUCCAAUAGGCAUUAGUUAUAAUAAAAUAGAGCCCAACAAACUGUUCAUUUUGGAUCAAAAGCUCGGAUUAAUCGUAGCUGAACUGAAUGACAAAGGAGUAAUAAAUCUAGACUCCCAACACCCUCUAGAUUUCAACAAUCCUGACAAGAUUCAAACAACCAACAAAUUCAUUUACAUAUCAUCGAAUGUUCAAUUGAAUAAAUAUGACAUUCUCACUUACAAAUUAAUAAGUAUUCAAAAGUUGAAAAAUAUCCAGAAACUGUAAACAAGUGAAACUCAAGAAGAAAUUGUAGUUCUAGGAUUCAAUACGCAUUACAUUGAAGAUAUGGAAUGGAAAUUUAUUGGAUUGCAUGAUCUCAUCUUGAAAGACAAAAAGGUCGUCGCAGUUACUGGAACUAACUUUUACAUAGGCAAUAUCAUUAAAUUGCCAUUUCGGAUAUUAUGUUCACAUGUCCAAAAUAGUGAGGAGUAAUAAUUCACUUUAUUUUACAAUACUACAAAUGAAUAACACGUUCAAUAGUUGAUUGUCUAAAGGAUUGAGGGUAAUUAAUACAAUCCAAUCGUCUAGUUGUUGGUGAGUUUUUGUUUCGUUUUGAUAGUGCUUCUACUCUUUGGUAUUUAUGAUUUUUAUUAUUAAGUGUGUCUCUAUAUCAACAAACUUAGAUCGAUUCAUUUGUAACAUGAGAGAAUCAGAAAAAAACUCGAAAACUAAUAACAUACAAGAAUAACUAUGAACAGUUAGAUGUAUUGA